UUUUUUAUCUUUUUUUUUUUUCCAAAAAAAAAGGCUAGUAAAAAUGCAUGCAUUUAUUGUAUUAUUAGCGAGCAUUGCUUCAUUAGGCUAUGCAUAUGCCGCUCGUGUUGUUUAUGAUAUGAAUAUUACAUAUGUAAAUGUAAAUCCUGAUAACCUGUAUCCCCGUCAGGUUGUUGGUAUUAACGGUCAAUGGCCUAUUCCUCCUGUUAAUGUUACUUAUGGUGAUACUUUGGUUAUGAAUGUCCAUAACUCUUUAAAUGAACCCACUUCUUUACAUGCUCAUGGUAUGUUUCAAAAUGGAACCAACUGGAUGGAUGGCCCUGUUAUGGUCACUCAAUGUGCAAUUCCUCCAAAUUAUGACUUGAAGUAUGAGUUUAAUAUCACCCAAAAUGGUACAUACUGGUUCCACAGUCAUUAUAUGGGUCAAUAUAUGGAUGGUCUGCGUUUCCCUCUUAUCCUUCAUAACCCUGAAGAACCCUAUAAAUAUGAUGAAGAAAUCAUUGUCACCCUUUCAGAUUGGUAUCAUGCUACAAGUUAUGAUAACUUGAAAACUUUCAUGUCAGUUUAUAAUCCAACUGGCGCUGAGCCUGUUCCAAAUUCUGCCCUUAUCAAUGACAAUGCUAACGUGACCUUCAACUUUAUUCCUGGUAAAACCUAUCGCCUUCGUAUCAUCAACAUGUCUGGUUUUGCCACAUUUUAUUAUACCAUUGAUGGACAUAGUAUGGAUAUUAUUGAAGUUGAUGGCGUCUACACCGAACGUGAAACUGUUGAUAGUAUUUAUCUAACUGCUGCUCAGCGUUUCUCUGUUCUUGUUACCGCUAAAAACUCUACAGAAUUUAAUUAUUAUAUGCACGGUGAUAUGGAUACUACCAUGUUUGACACUGUUCCUGAUGAUUUGAAUCCUAAUGCUACUGCUCCAAUUUAUUAUGACCAAAGCCAUCAAAACUUUGCCCCUAAUCAUGAUAUUGGUAUGGAUAGCACCUUUGAAGAUAUCUCUCUUAUUCCUCUUGAAAAAGAAAAUGCUGUUGAGCCCGAUCAUCAAGUGAAUCUCACUUUCAACUUUGAUGUAACUACAGAUGGUAUGAACCGUGGUAUGUUCAAUGAUCUUCCUUAUCUUCCUCCUUUAGUUCCUACCACCAAUACCUUGUUCACUAGUGGCAAUUAUUCAAUGAAUGAAGAAGUCUAUGGUCCUCAAACAAGAGCCUUUAUCUUGAAACAUUUAGAUAUGGUUGAACUUAUACUUAACAAUUUAGAUAGUAACGCUCAUCCUUUCCAUCUUCAUGGCCAUGUCUUUCAAGUUGUAGCUAGUGGUGAUGGCGUCUUUGAUGGUAAUCGUUCUAAUGUUCAAUGGCUUAAUGAUAAUCCUCUCCGUCGCGAUACAAUUAAAGUUGAGGCAGGUGGUUACAAAAUCCUUCGUUUCAGAGCAGAUAAUCCUGGUGUUUGGUUUUUCCAUUGUCAUAUUGAUUGGCACCUUGAGUCUGGUUUGGCUGUCGUCUUUGUUGAAGCUCCUGAUGUUGCUCAAAAGCGAAUGAGUUUACCUCAAGCAUUUAUUGAUAUCUGCGAAGCUGGUGGAACCCCUGGUGUUGGUAAUGCUGCUGGUAAGAUGGCUCUUGAUUUGUCAGGUGCUCCAAGUGGAGUUACUUUGAUUCCUGAUAAAUUCACUGCAAAGGGUAAAGGUGCUUUGGCUGGCUGUUGUAUUUGUGCUUUGAUUGGUAUGUUUACGAUUAUUUGGUAUGCCUUAAACGACCCUCAGGAAAAGGCUCGUAAGAGAAUGGGAAGACCUCCUAGUCGUUAAACAAUAUAUAUAUCUAUAACACAUAUUAUUCCUCUUUUUCUUUUAUUUUUUACUUUUUUUUUUUCCUCCUCUCUGUUAUAUCAUUUACAUUAUCUUUUUAUUGUAUAAUCUCCCCUACUCUAUUAUAUUACCUAAUAUUUAUAAUUAUAUGCUUUAAGGUCUCUUUUUUUUUAAAAAAAAAGAAUAUAAUGCAUUGUGUUCUACAUUGUUCCUUUUAAUUUGUGUACGAACUAAACGCAUGGGCUCAAGAGCUGGACAGCUAUC